CCUUUAAUUUGCCUCUCCAUCUCCAUAGUUCACACAGAAAAGAAAGUUUUAAUUUUUAAUACACGACGUUCCAUGCGAGUUGUGAGAAAAAAUGCCACGAAUCUGUACUCUUGAAGCAACUUUCUACUCCUUCCUUUGUUGCAACUUGCAAGCAAUUCGAUUCUGUCUUUCCUUCUUCACCUCUGUCUCAUUAUCCUUUUCCCACUCUUUAUUCCCCCACCAGAGCGUUCGGAAUACUCCCACGCCCAUCCUCCAUGUUGAACCUGCCUGAGCUCUGACAGCUUCCAAAUUUCGACACAGUUUCCGGAUAAUGGCGAUUACGCAUGCUGAUCUCGCUCCAAGUCGCCCAAGCACCGACCUCGGUAGCAAAACCGGUGCUUUCUUCUUGAUCGUCUCUAUACUCUGCGGACUUGUGUGUUUCAUUCUGUGCCUCCUUGCAGAAACCACUAGAUCGGAUGUGACAUGGGUUCCCUCAAGCAGUGAUAAAAGACACAGAUACGUAUGUAUUUACAGUGGUAGCGGAAGAACCACGCUGUUGUGCGCGGGCGGUGCGUUUCUGAGCCUAGCGAUCGCCAUGAUCGUGCAACAUGCAUAUAUUCUGGUUGCAGUUAGCAAGUACACACCCCCAGUCUUGAUUGGUUUGAGCGAGUCGGACUCUCGUUUCGCUAAGUCCCUUUCAUGGCAAGCCGGAUUUUUCUUUCUUACAACUUGGAUAUGUUUCGCGGUGGCGGAGGUGCUAUUGCUGAUAGGGCUGGGAGCUGAAUCGGGGCAUUUGGAGCAGUGGAGGCGACCGAGGACCAGUUGCCUGAUUAUCCGUGAAGGCUUGUUUUCGGCCGCCGGAGUUCUGGGACUAACCACCGUACUCCUCGCUUCCGGCUUAUAUUUGACGGCCCUACGGGCCCAACGGUUUCGAGAACAGGAAGAUAACGUGCGCCGGGAGGUACUGAACGCAUCGUUUCUUUAUGCGUCUCCCCCAAGGUCGCCUCGUAAUCGAAUCGGAAUCGCUGCUGCGAACAGCAUUGCCAUUGCUGCUGGUGCUGGGAACCCUCACGUCAGGCAAGAACAGCAUGAUCAUCAUCGUCCUUUACAGUGGGACCCACAACCCUCCACCAAUAAAACUACGAAUCCAGUUCCAGCAGUAUAGACUUGUAAGGUGGUGAUUCGAAGUGAACAUUGCACAAUGCGCACGACAUGCACUGUAUAAUGCCCUUGAAACUUGUAUAUAUAGUUUGUAGUACUACCCUUCCAUUUUGGACCA